AUGUUAACUUAUACCCAAGACCAGCUGGAUCGCUAUUUCCGGCAUAUCGGCUAUUCGCCGAAGGAUGCCGAAGACGACCUCGGCAGGCUCACCAUGCUGCAGCUACGCCACAUGGCCCGCGUUCCAUUUGAGAGUUUGACACUGCAUUAUUCGAAACACCACAGGUUGUCCCUGGACCUGGAAGACCUCUUUGAAAAGAUCGUCGACAAGGGGAGGGGAGGUUACUGCAUGGAGGUCAAUGCGUUCUUUGGGGCCGUCUUGCGCAGUCUGGGUUACACACUCAUUAAUGUAGGAGGAAGAGUGAAGAAGGGAGAGUACAACGGAUGGAAUCACAUGGUCAACAUCGUGACCAUCAACAACACGCGAUAUCUAGUUGACGUAGGAUUUGGCUCCAACGGCUCCGUUAAUCCAGUCCCCCUGGAGCACAACCACAUCUUUACUACGGUCUCUCCUGUGCGAGGACGACUCGAAUACAAAAGUCUCUCACAACACACCGACCCUACCAACCAAAGGAUAUGGGUAUACUCAACCCAGGAAAACUCAUCCGCGCCCUGGAAGGAAAUGUACUGUUUUGCCGCCGACAUGGAGUUCUUCCCGGCCGAUUUUGAGGUCAUGAACCUAUCGACCAUGACCAGUCCGCAAAGCUUCUUCGUGCAGACCGUCAUGUGCAUGUGGCUUUUACUCGACGAAGACGACGAGAAAAAGGAACAGCGUCCUAUAGGCGUCCUGAUUUUGCACAAGGGUUAUGUCAAGAGGAGGAUAGGCGACAAGUCCGAGAUUGUCGAGCACUUCGAAUCAGAAGAGCAGAGAGUGAAGGCCUUGGAGAGGUAUUUCGGUAUUGUGCUUACGAAAAAAGAGAAGGAGGCAAUUCGUGGCUUGCCAAGCGAGUUGAAGACGAGGUGUGGGCAUUGUUAA